AUGAGCAGCAAUCGCAAAGGACAGACGAUGAACACGGAUGGUGACAGGAUCAUGGCCCAGGGGUUGGGCGACGCCAACGAGUUGCUGGGCAGCACCAACACGCUGGAAGGCGUAAGGAAAGCAAUGAGAAGCAGUGGAUUUGGCCUGGGUGACGCCCAUAGUGCAAAGAAAGUCGUUGCAGAAGGCGCCGAUUUCGUAGGCAAUGCUCCAGGCUGUUGGGGCGUUAGAGGCGCAACAGAUGGGAAACUAGGUGGCGUCGACAGUGGCUUGGACUCCUAA